AUGGCUUUGGCCAUCACCCUGUCAGCAACAUCUUUAGAAAGUGAAGAACCGAACAUGCUUCGAGGAGCAAGUAGGUUCCUUACUCAGAAAUAUCAGAGGGGGGAGCCAUUGACAUGUGACAAAUACCCCAAGAUUUGCAAUGUUAAAGGCAGCGCAGGCCCUGAUUGCUGCAAGAACAAAUGUGUGAACCUUUCCACGGAUGAAUAUAACUGUGGGAGGUGUGGGAAGAAAUGUGGGUUUUCAAAGAUGUGCUGCCAAGGUAAGUGCGUGAAUCCUAGAACCAACGAGAAGCAUUGUGGGAGAUGUGGCAACAAGUGUGACAACCGAGGUUCAUGUGUUUAUGGGAUGUGCAGCUAUGCAUAG